UGAACAUUAAAGGUUUUAUGGUGCCGAACCCAAAGCAGCAGCGAACACAAAGUGCAGAGAACUCAGACUUACACCUAGAAAACUCCUGAGUCCCGCCGGACGAUGAGUGUUCCUCGGAGCGAAACAUCGCUGGACGCCCUGCAGUGCCACUUCACCUGGGAUCUGGAUCCCAGCAGGUCCAAACUUUUCCGUAUCAGGGACAAGCUGCAGGACAUCGGCACCGAGGAGGGAUACAACUGGCUGGGUCACAUUUACAACCUGCAGGGCUACAUCCACUUCCAGCUGGGGUCCGUCGAUGAUGCCAGGACAUUCUUCAGCCGGGCCGCAGAGGCCUUCCGCCAGGUGAGAAACACCGUCUCCGACGAGGGUCCCUGGCUGGUGGUGAACUACGGGAACCAGGCUUGGCUGCACCAUCGUCAGGGAGAAGAAGCAGAGAGUCGGGCUUGUCUGUCAAAGGUCGCCGCCCUGAUGAGCGAAUACCCAUCUCCAUCGCAGGACGAGCUCCAUCCGGAGGUCCACGCCGAAAAGGCCUGGACGCUGAUGAAGUUCAGCAGAGAAAAAAAGCUGCUGGCUGCCGAUCACUUCCAGAGAGCCAUCAGGAUGCAGCCGGACGUGGUGGAGUGGCAGACCAGCCACGUGUUAGCAUUAGCAAAUUGCUUCAAACACUGCAACCUGAGGGCUGACAUCUUGGAGAAAAUGAAAAUUGCCAAGGGUCACGAUCCGGAGAACUUGUACCUCGCUGCUCUCUACCUGGAGGCAUGCGCCAGGGGAGGACAGAAAAUAGAAGAUGAAGCGCGAGCGCUGGCCAGGAGGGUUUUGAAUAAGCCAGUCAGCAGCUACAGUGGAAUCAAACCACUGAUCAGGCUGUACACAGUCUAUGUAUCCAUGGAUGAGGCUAUUGAUUUGGCAGAGGGGGUUUUGGAACGGCAUCCAGACGAACGUUAUCUGAAAAGAUGUGUUGCAAUCUGCUACAAAAUGAGAAUCCUUCUAAACAGGGACAGUCCGCUGGAGCACAGCAUGGUGGACAGAGCGAUCAGCCUCUACAGGGAAGUGAUUCCUCUUUACCCGGAUUCUUCACUCAAAAGAAAAAUAUCUCUCGCAACCAUUUAUGCAAAGUCAAAUCACAGGCAAGCCGCAGCUGAGCAGAUGUUCGGAGAACUGCUAGAAAGUGACCUGGACCCCAAAGGGGCACAGAUGCUUUACAACUGCUACGCUAAGCAUUUACAUUUCACUCAGAAGGAGAGUCACCGGUCCAUCCAAUACCACAUGAGGGCGGCAGCGAUACCGCAACGAUCUCUGUACCGUGACAACAGCGUCAGUAUCCUGGAGAGGAUUCGAGAAAGAAACAGAAACAGAAUGUGUGGAGAAAUAGGGGAGUUUCUGGCAAACCUGAAACUCUAAUGGUGCGUUCACACCAAACGCAAUGAGGUUACAUACAAGGUCAAUGCAAAGAUGCAUGGGGAAUAUUUGCGUGACGCAACGUUGCGAAAGCUAAUCAGCGUUGAGAUCCUCCCGACGUCUCAGUCUGACAGAAAAUAUGCAGAUAUUCACAGCUUGUGUUUCCUUGCGUUACUCGCGUGAGUAAGCACAGAUGAUCCGGUGGCUGAACUCACGCGAGUGACGCAACAUGAAAAUUCUCUUUGAGUUUGGUGUGAACGUUGCAUCAGAGUCUGAAAUGAAGAGGGCGACAUUUACUGAGUAGAGUGUACAACAACAGCAGAUCUGGAUCCAGAAUAACGUCAGUUUUCAUGGCCUGGAAAAGAAAUGAUCUACUCACGCAUUCAUUCUUUAACACACUAUCUUUUUUUUCCAAAGCAUGAAUUGAAAUUUUUUUUCAGGUCGGAAAACAAUCAAUUAGUUGUAAGAUCUGAACAAUUUUGAAUCACAAGUUGAUCUCAAAAGACCCUCAGUUCAUAUAAGGCAAAACUAACACAAAACAUCCCCGUUAACUUUGAAAUAAACAUAUUUUUUCAAUGAGA